AUGGUAACGGAGACGCACUCGGGGUCCCGUUCCCAGUCAGCGAACGGGUGCCCCCUCCCAUUGAUCAGACGGGGUCACAGGGGCAGCCCCUUGACCCCGCCAAAGAGUCGUGGAGUUGAACCUGAGCGGUCGAGCAUUGGAGGUACCUUAUCACCUUAUAUAGGAAACCUCAGCUUCCUUAGGUCCAUUUAUCUCCAAAACAACAGCCUCUACGGCCAAAUUCCCCCUGAAAUCGGUCGUCUUUCUGCGCUUGAAACUCUAGCACUGGACAACAAUUCCUUUUCCGGAACAAUUCCAAGCAAUUUAUCUCGUUGCUCUAACCUCAUCCAGUUUUUCGCCAACAGAAACAACCUUGAGGGAGAAAUUCCAGCGGAGAUUGGAAAUUUGUUGAAUCUUAAGAUACUGUCCAUUAAUAACAAUCAUCUAAAUGGCCAACUCCCAGCUUCCAUUGGGAAUCUUUCAGCUCUUCAGGGAAUUGAUAUAAAAGAGAAUAUCAACUUGAACGGGAAAAUUCCAGAUACCAUUGGCCGACUCAGCAGCUUAACUUUUUUUAACGCAGCUGCAAAUAAAUUUUCGGGUAUGGUUCCUCCUUCACUUUAUAACAUUUCCUCCCUUGAGAUGCUUGCUCUGCUCUUAAAUGAAUUCCAUGGAAGUCUACCUCUUGAUAUAGGCUUCACACUUCCAAACCUGAAAGUAUUUAGUAUUGCUGCAAACAACUUCACUGGUUCUAUCCCCGUUUCAUUUUCCAAUGCUUCAAAUCUUGUGGAGCUUAACCUUGCUGAUAAUCAACUUAGUGGGGAAGUGUCAAUUGAUUUUAGCGGUCUGAAGAAUCCAGUAGAGCUAAAUUUAGGGGAUAAUUAUUUGGGAAGUGGGAUACAUGAUCUUUAUUUUUUGACCUCUCUAACAAACUGUAGCACAUUCGUAUCCAUGGGUUUAUACAAUAAUCAAUUUAGAGGGGUGCUGCCUCAUUCCAUAGCCAACCUCUCUAGAACGAUGACAAUAAUAGCGAUGGGGUAUAAUCAAAUAUCUGGCACCAUACCGCCUGGAAUAGGAAAUCUUGUCAAUCUAAAUGCCUUUGGUCUGGAGUCUAACAAAUUUAUUACUGGCCCUAUUCCUUAUGGUAUUGGGCAACUCAAAAACUUGGGAGCUCUGAACUUGGAAGAUAAUAAUUUAGAAGGGAGCAUUCCCGACUCCCUUGGUAAUCUAACAAUACUCACCAAAUUAUCGUUGGGAUCCAAUAAUUUGCAAGGCAAUUUACCCUCCUCUCUUGGAAAUUGUCAGAAUUUGAUACUGUUGUCGGUACCCCGAAAUAAGUUGAUCAAUGGUACUGUGCCUCCACAAAUUCUUGGCAUAACAAGCCUUCUUCAGCUGGACCUAUCAGAUAACCUUGUCAGUGGUUCUUUUCCUUUAGAAGUGGGCAAUUUGAAGAAUCUGUUAUAUUUGGAUGUAUCUAACAACAGGUUUUCUGGUGGGAUUCCUGCUACUCUAGGUGGUUCUACAAGCUUAGAAAUUCUAGCUGUGGGAGACUUGUCUUACAAUCACUUUGAGGGCGAGGUACCAACAAGAGGAGUUUUCAGCAAGGCAGAAAAUGUUUCACUAAUUGGCAACGAGAAGCUCUGUGGGCGCGUAUCUGAAUUGCAUUUGCCAUCAUGCCAAAGCCAAACCAACAGACCGAUGAAAUCAACCAGCACUUUGCUUAAAGUACUGAUUUCCGUGAUUGCUGCUUGUUUAAUUUUAUUAAUAUGUUUCAUUGUUGUUUUUACUCGAAGAAGGAAAUUGGCACGGAAACCUUCUAGCGUGCUGCAGAUGGAAGAACAAUUUCCAAUUGUUUCUUUUGCAGAGCUGAGUAAGGCAACUAAUGAAUUUUCAUUAUCAAACAUGAUUGGUCAGGGACACUAUGGCUUGGUGUACAAAGGAACUUUGGGUGAAAAUAAAAUCUUAGUUGCAGUGAAGGUGUUUAAUCUUGAGCAAAAAGGGGCUUCCAAGAGUUUUUUGGCAGAAUGCCAAGCACUAAGAAGCAUUCGUCACCGAAAUCUUGUCAAAAUUAUCACUAUUUGCUCAAGCAUAGACUAUAAAGGGUCUGACUUUAAGGCUCUAGUUUAUGAAAACAUGCAAAAUGGAAGUUUAGAGGACUGGCUGCACCAGAGCGAUGAUCAACCUGACCUGCGUAAUUUAAGUCUCAUUCAAAGACUUAACAUAGCCAUUGAUGUGGCCCAUGGAGUUGAAUAUCUUCAUCAUCAUUGCCAACCUCCAGUCGUUCAUGGUGAUCUAAAGCCAAGUAACAUUCUCCUUGAUCAUGCCAUGGUGGCUCAUGUGGGUGACUUUGGGCUAGCAAGAUUUUUAUCUGAUUGCCCACUUAGUAUCUCUUCCGAAACUCAAUCAAGCUCAGCUGGGAUAAAAGGAACUGUUGGCUAUGUUGCUCCAGAGUACGGUAUGGGCGGUGAAGUGUGUAUGCAAGGAGAUGUGUACGGCUUUGGAAUUCUGUUACUGGAAAUGUUCACGGGAAGGCGACCCACUGAUAACAUGUUUAACGAUGGGUUAACUCUCCACGGAUUUGCUAUGAAGGCUUUGGAUGAAAAAGUAAUUGAGAUUGUUGAACCUUCACUUCUGUUUGAUGAGAAAGUUGGCAAUUUUGCUAGUCAUAAAGGGGGAAGAGAGAGAAUUGAGGAGUGCUUGAUCUGUGUCGUAAGAACUGGAGUCCUCUGCUCAAUGGAAUCUGCAGCAGAGAGAAUGGAGAUGAAAGAUGUUGUGACAAAACUAUGCACUGCUAGGAAAAAGUUUCUUAAUACUAUGAUUCGAUAGAUUAGAUUAUUGUACUGUACCCAAAGCCUAUGUUAGAUACCAUAACGUGGCCUCUACUUUCUUGAGUCUUGUGCUUAUUAGAUA